GUUGGGGGUAAAAAUUGAAAUAAUCUGGGAAGAAUCGGAAGAAUUGGGGUAAAAUUUGUACAAUGUUGUCGGCAUGGGUUUUAGGAAGACAGAGUUGCGCUUUCAGGCCCAGGAUAUGCAGGGUUUGGCGGGUACAAACGUUUGGAAGACUAUCCCAGACUGUUAAACCCCCAAACACACCCUCCCAGCAGCAGCUGUCAAACAGCCUCCUCCAAUCAGCAAGAAGAUUUAGCAGCGCCGGAUCCCAUCCCACACAAAAACUCACCUUCCUGCAAUACCUACGGAAAACUGUAUCCCAAAGAUGCAACAUCACCCGAGCAGCUUUCUCCAACACAUCACAAAAGUCCUGCAAAAGAGGUUUCCACAUCGCAGUGCUGCUGGCUUGCCACCCCACCAGGAUAGUUGCAGGCAGUGUGUUGUGUUGUGGGUUGGCUGGAGUUGGGGUGAGGAAAGCUCACUGUGAGGAGGAGGAGACACUAUCAGAGGGUCUGUUGGGGGAUCAGGAGGAUCUGUUGGGGGAUCAGGAGGUGAGGGAGGAACAGGAGCUGGACUGGUCCCUCAUCUGGGAGUUCCUGCAGCCGGAGAUCUGGCAACUGCUGGCUGCUAUUGUGCUGGCUCUUGGCUCAGCCCUGUUGAACAUCCAGAUCCCCCUGAUGUUGGGUAAUGUGGUAAACGUCGUGUCAGAGUGUAUGGCAGACCAGCAACAGAACUAUCUACAGAUGAUCAUUCCUCCCGCAUCCAGACUACUGGCUGUCUACGCUCUACAGGGAGUUCUGUCCUUUGGUUACAUCUGGCUGUUAGCAGCUGUAGGAGAGCGGAUGGCAGCCCGCAUGAGGAUCGCCCUGUUUGAAAACCUGGUGCAGCAGGACAUGGCGUUCUUCGACAGUCACAUGACAGGACAGCUCGUCGACAGGUUAACUUCAGAUGUACAGGACUUCAAGAGCUCCUUCAAGCUGUGUAUUUCUCAGGGACUUCGUAGUGUUACUCAGGUUACAGGUUGUUUUGUGUCACUGUACCUGAUCUCCCCCAAGUUGACAGGCCUGCUGGUGCUGGUCAUGCCCACUGUGGUGGCGGGGGGAGCCAUGAUCGGGUCUGGGCUCAGGGCACUGUCACGAGCAGCACAGGAACAGGUUGCAAAGGGCACAGCCGUUGCUAAUGAAGCUCUAGGAAACAUCAGGACAGUCCGAGCUUUUGCAAUGGAGGAGAAGGAGUCCAGACUUUAUGCAGAUGAGGUGAACAAGGCAGGAAGGCUGAACGAGCUGCUGGGUCUGGGAAUCGGCGUGUUCCAAGGCGCGGCAAACUUCGUGCUGAACGGUGUCGUGUUGGGCGUCCUGUUCUCCGGAGGGCUGCUCCUCUCGACCAAUGACAUGUCGGCGGGAGACCUGAUGUCGUUCCUUGCGGCGGCACAGAUGAUCCAGCGAUCGCUCGCGUCAGUUUCCGUACUGUUUGGGCAGGCUGUACGGGGUGUUAGUGCAGGUGCACGAGUGCUGGAGUACAUGCAGCUGGAGCCUACCAUUCCCAGGACAGGGGGCAGGAAGAUUCCAUUCCACAGCCUGUUUGGUACAGUCGAGUUUAAGGACGUGAGUUUCUCCUACCCAACACGACCGGACCAGCUGGUGCUAGACAACUUUAACCUCAAGCUGCCGCCGUGUAAGGUUGUAGCCCUGUGUGGGACGUCCGGUGCAGGGAAGUCCACUGUGGCGGCCCUUCUGGAGCGGUUCUACGAUGUGGAGGGCGGAAGUGUCAGGCUGGACGGGCAUGACAUCAGGGACAUGGACGCUACAUGGCUCAGGGGCAGGGUCAUCGGGUUUAUACAUCAGGAGCCUGUCCUGUUUGCCACCAGCAUCAUGGAGAACAUCCGUUACGGCAAGCCUGCAGCCACCGACAGGGAGGUUUACGAAGCGGCCAAACUGGCAAACGCAGACGGCUUCAUCCGAGAUUUCCCUGACGGCUACAGCACAGUUGUCGGAGAGCGGGGCGUGACGGUUUCAGGUGGACAGAAGCAGCGAAUCGCUAUCGCCCGCGCUUUGCUGAAGAACCCGUCAGUUCUCGUGCUCGACGAGGCGACGAGUGCUCUGGAUGCAGACUCGGAACGGCUGGUACAGGAAGCACUGGAGAGAGUGAUGAAGGGGAGAACUGUCCUCAUCAUCGCUCACAGACUGAGCACGAUUGAGAACGCAGACGUGAUUGUGGUCAUGUCUAAGGGCCGAGUCGUGGAGCAGGGAACGCACGCAGAGCUGAAGAAACGAGGAGGGAUGUACGCAGACCUCAUCCGCAGACAGACCGAGAACGGAAACCGCAACGUGGGGUAGACACACUGCUGCAGGAUAUCUUACUCUCCAAGCAGAGGUUGGUGGGGAAGAUAGUUACUGUUAAUACCUUUCUAUGUAUAUGUCCCUUUUUUCUGUCGCUACCCCCACCAGAAAAAAAUGGGCUUAGUAGAAAGGUAACAAUCUUCCCAACCAAAAUCUGCUUGGAGAGUAGAUGCUGCUUACAUUUACAAAUGUACACCUCUGUGCAAUAGGUAGAUUUUGUUUGGCCUGGUAAUAUUCUAACCUCCAAGCAGAUCCUAUAGCAGUAACUACUAGUAUAUGAAAGCAGUGGGCAUUAUCCACCAAAGCUGCUUGGCCAAUGCCUAUUGCCUGUCACCAUAGGAUUUGCUUGAAGAUCAGUAUAUUCAUCGUAUUUACGCUUCUUACUAUGUUGUGCAUUUUGACAUGUUUUGUAGUUUUCUGGUCAGGUGAUUUUUUAAAUAAUUCCACUUUCUGCAUUUGAUGCAUAAGACCCCAACAUUCUUUGGGGUUUUAUGUAACAUAAUACUGUUAACAGUUUUAAAAAUCAAUAAUACGUGGGAAGUUGCAGUUUUAACUUUUAUAUAAUUGAGAAUCUGGCCAUGAAGUAGUUUCAACAGUUAAUGCAGAAUACUGUAAUAGGAUACAGUCAAUACUAGAUGCAAACAUGAGAAAAAUGUUUUCCUCCAUUUGCAACCAAAAGGUGAAACAUCUUACUGACUACCUCUGGUUUUGUGUUGUCUUUUAUGCAGAAUUGGAUGUGUAAACUUACUACAAAUUGAUUUUAUUUCUUGUAAGUUGCUUUUAACAACUUUUUAAAACUGCUUUGUAUUACAAUGUAAGUUUAACUCCAAUGACAUUCUAUUUGUUUUCUUUAAGCUGUUUUUACUGUU